AUGACAGGAAGUUAUUCUGAAUCAAGUUACUCUUCUGCUGGCAGUGUAUCUCCUCGUGAAAGAGAACAGAAAACUUCUAAAGGAUUUACAGAUUUUUGUGUAAAAAAUAUUAAAUCUGCAGAAUUUGGAAGGAGAGAGAUUGAAAUUGCGGAGCAAGAAAUGCCAGGUAUAAUGAUACUUAGGGUAAAGUACGCCGAAAAUAAGCCGUUGCAGUCGGCGAGAAUAAUAGGGUGUACUCAUAUCACCGCACAAACUGCAGUAUUAAUCGAGACAUUAAUAACUGCUGGUGCAAGUGUCCGUUGGGCUGCUUGUAACAUCUACUCAACUCAAAAUGAAGUAGCUGCGGCUCUUGCUGAGGAAGGCAUCCCAGUCUUUGGAUGGAAAGGCAUGAGUGAGGAUGACUUUUGGUGGUGCAUUGAAAAAGCGUCAAAUCAUCAAAAUUGGCAAGCGAAUUUAAUUCUAGAUAACGGAGGAGAUGCUACACACUACAUGAAAAGAAAGUAUAUAGAUAAAUUCAGGUGUCUCAAGGGUAUUGUGGAAGAAAGUGUCACUGGAGUCCAUAGAUUGUAUCAGAUGACUAAGAAUAAUUGUUUACCGAUUCCAGCAAUGAAUAUCAAUGAUUCUGUAGUUAAGGGCAAAUUUGACAAUUUGUAUUGCUGUCGUGAAGCCGUUAUAGAUAGUCUGAAGAAAACUACCGAUAUCAUGUUUGGAGGCAAGCAAGUGUUAAUAUGCGGAUAUGGUGAGGUUGGUAAAGGUUGUUGUUCAGCUUUACGUGGAAUGGGUGCUAUUGCUUACGUAACCGAAAUCGAUCCAAUAUGUGCUUUACAGGCUUGCAUGGACGGAUUUAAAGUAAUUCGUGUAGACGAUGCAAUAAGAAUUGUUGAUAUUGUCAUUACUGCUACAGGUAAUAAGAACGUCAUUCGGCGAGAACAUAUGAAUAAAAUGAAAAAUGGAUGUAUAAUCUGUAAUAUGGGUCACACAAAUUCUGAGAUUGAUGUCGAUAGCUUAAGAACACCAGAUCUAACCUGGGAAAGAGUGAGAUCACAUGUUGAUCACAUAGUAUGGCCAGAUGGCAGAAGAAUCGUCCUCAUUGCAGAGGGAAGGCUGGCUAACUUGACAUGUUCCAAUGUUCCCUCAUUUGUAGUCUCUAUUACUGCUUGCACUCAGAUGUUAGCCCUGAUUGAACUUUUUAAAGCUCAACCAAAUAAAUACAAGGGUGACGUUUACUUGCUUCCAAAGAAAAUGGAUGAGUACGUUGCCAGCUUACAUUUGGCCGGAUUUGAAGCUCAGGUAACAGAACUUUCUGAUGAUCAGUGUCAAUAUUUGGGCGUUGCACGUAAUGGUCCUUUUAAACCGAACUACUAUAGGUAA